UACUAAGGUGAUCGAACAGUACAUGAAGCGCCGUUGUGCAGGCAGGUCGCGAAGAAUAACUCGGAAAGCGGCAAGAACAAAACCAAAAAAAGCUUAUCAAAUAAUAUAACGCUUCAGCGACGGCUCCACCAUGGGCGAUAUGUUUCGCAGCGAGAAAAUGGCCUUGUGCCAGUUGUAUAUACAGCCCGAGGCGGCCUACGCCUCCAUUGCCGAGCUGGGCGAGAGUGGAUGUGUCCAGUUUCGAGAUCUCAACGAUCAGAUCAACGUCUUUCAGCGCAAAUAUGUGAACGAGGUAAGACGCUGCGAUGAUAUGGAGCGACGUGUGCGCUAUAUUGAAAACCAGCUGCGCAAGGAUGACAUCAAGAUGCCGGAACUUCAAGCCGAUCAGGACAUAGCUGCACCCAAUCCACGAGAGAUCAUCGAUCUGGAGGCACAGCUAGAGAAGACGGAUAACGAGUUGCGUGAAUUGUCCGCAAACGGAGCUAGCCUGAAUGCAAACUAUAGGCACAUGCAGGAGCUGAAGAGUGUGCUUGAGAAUACCGAGGGCUUCUUCUCCGAACAGGAGGUCAUCAAUUUGGACUCGAAUCGCCUGACCGAUCCCGAUGAUCCGGCAGCGGCUCAGGCGGCUGCUCAGCGUGGCCAGCUGGCAUUUGUGGCCGGUGUGAUCAACCUGGAGCGUUUCUUCAGCUUUGAGCGAAUGCUGUGGCGCAUCUCGCGUGGCAACAUUUUCUUACGCCGCAACGAUAUUAGUGGAAUGUGUGAAGAUGACGAUGCCGGUCGCCCAGUGCUCAAGACUGUGUUUGUGGCCUUCUUCCAGGGCGAACAGCUGAAGCAGCGCAUCAAGAAGGUCUGCGCAGGCUAUCACGCUGAUGUUUAUCCUUGUCCCAGUUCCGCUGCGGAGCGCGCCGAAAUGAUUAAGGAUGUCAACACAAGACUGGAGGAUCUGAAAUUGGUGUUAAAUCAAAGUGCCGAUCAUCGCAGUCGCGUCUUAUCCUCUGCUGCCAAACAUUUGGCUCGUUGGAGCAUUAUGGUGAAGAAAAUGAAGGCUAUCUAUCACAUACUCAACUACUUCAAUCCGGAUGUGACUGGCAAGUGUUUAAUUGGCGAGGGUUGGGUGCCUGUCCGAGAUUUGCCCAGUGUGCAGGAGGCGCUAUCUCGAGGCUCCAAGCUAUCGGAGAGCAGCAUACCAGCCUUCAUGAAUGUCAUAUCCACAAACGAACAGCCGCCGACGUAUACGCGCACCAAUAAGUUCACCAGAGGCUUCCAGAACCUGAUCGAUUCAUAUGGAAUGGCCUCCUAUCGGGAGGUGAAUCCGGCCUUGUACACAUGCAUCACUUUUCCGUUUCUGUUUGCUGUCAUGUUUGGGGAUAUGGGACAUGCUCUUGUUUUAGUCGCCGUCGCCUCCUUUAUGAUUAUCAGGGAGCGUCAACUGGCUUCGAUCAAGGAGGAAAUAUUUAACAUAUUCUUUGGCGGUCGCUAUAUCAUUCUGCUAAUGGGUUUAUUCUCUUUAUACACGGGUCUGAUCUACAACGAUGUGUUCUCCAAGUCGAUGAACAUCUUUGGCUCUGGUUGGCAAAAUCAAUAUAAUACCUCCACCGUCACUGAUGAUAACAUUAAAUAUUUGACAUUGAGACCGAAAAUAAGUAAUUUCAAGACUUAUCCGGUGGGCAUGGAUCCCAUCUGGCAGAUGGCCGAUAACAAGAUCAUCUUUCUAAACACCUUCAAAAUGAAGCUGUCCAUAAUAUUUGGCGUAAUUCACAUGUCUUUUGGCGUUUGUAUGUCGGUCGUGAAUUUUAUUCAUUAUCGCAAAUACAUAAGUCUCCUAUUGGAGUUUCUGCCACAGAUUCUGUUCCUGCUGCUGCUCUUCGGAUACAUGGUAUUCAUGAUGUUCUACAAGUGGGUUGUCUACAAUGAUGACAGCGACGACACGGCGCUCUCACCAGGCUGUGCACCCUCCAUACUUAUACUCUUCAUCAAUAUGAUGCUGUUUGGUCAUCAGGAGCCACUUGACCUUUGCAAGGAGUACAUGUUCGAGGGUCAGGAGGCCUUACAGCAAAUCUUCGUGGUGGUCGCUGUAAUCUGUAUACCCUGGAUGCUGCUAGGCAAGCCCUUGUACAUCAAACUAACACGUCCCAAGCAUAUGGCAGCACCAGCCGCGCCAUCUGGCGGUGCACAUGGCGGUCAUGGUGGAGAUGAUGAGCCCAUGAGUGAAGUUUUCAUCCAGCAGGCCAUUCAUACUAUUGAGUAUGUGCUGAGCACGAUCUCUCACACAGCAUCUUAUUUGCGUCUGUGGGCGUUAUCAUUGGCACAUGCACAAUUAUCUGAGGUGCUGUGGAGCAUGGUGUUCGCCAAAGGAUUUAUAUUCCAAAGUUAUGUGGGCUGUAUUCUCGUGUAUUUAAUUUUUGGUGCCUGGUCUGUGCUCACCGUCUUCAUUUUAGUGCUCAUUGAGGGUCUCUCGGCCUUUUUGCAUACAUUGCGGUUGCACUGGGUCGAGUUCAUGAGCAAGUUCUAUGAGGGCGCUGGUUACGCCUUCGAGCCAUUCGCCUUUAAGCAGAUACUGGAAGAAACGGAGGAGAACUAGAGCGACGAAAGCACUAUCAAAGAGUUGUCAAAACAUUUUGUUGCCUUUUCUUGUUUUCGGAAAAAUAAAUUCGAUUUUCAUAUAUGCAUA